GUACACGAUAUAAAAAUAUAUUUUCAAAACCGACAUAACAUCGGGAUCCAUCUGCGCAUGGACGGACACAAACCUAACCCGAUGUUGGGAAGCUCGUCACAAAUUUGUUCUUCUAUUUAAAUAACUCUCAUUUUGCCCUUUUCCUCUUCCAACACCAUUAUUCAAUUAUUCAAGAUCGAGACAAGUGAAGAGUCGACAAGAACAUAUAGAGAUUCAUCCAUAUCUUGGUUAGUUAUUUUUGAUCUUAUUUUUUUUGUUUCUUCGAUUCACCAUUGCUGAGAAAAUCUUUCAUCUCUAUCCAAUGUUUUUUUUUUCUAUCACUUCCAUGUUUUGGUUUUCUGUUUCGUAAUUUUUAGUCCACCUCAAGAUAUAUGUAAAGGAAUUCACUGUUUUCCUCUCUCUUUUUUUCGAAAUGGAGGUUUAUGAGCUUGAAGUUUAUCCCAUCUUGGGUUUUCUUCAAGAAAGAGUCAAAAUAUGUCCGUGUUUCCAGGAAUCUUCUGAUAAGAUUUAGUAUAAUUCGGUUAAAUAUUAGAAAAAACAAACAAACCAAAGCAAAACCAUUCUUUAAAACUGACUCAAUUGAGUUCUUUAGUGCUAUAGACUGAAUUGAACCGUUUGAUUUUUGUUUUUCUUCUAAUUGAGUGUAUAGUUUCCAACAUUCCAUUAAUCAUUCAAUGGAAUUUGGCUUUGGUUUUGGUUUCAAUCGAAAUCAAGUUAUUUCAGAUUAGAGAUUACAAAUUGGAUCAUAUCCGGUUUGGUCCAUCUCGGUUCGAUUUUGGUGGGUGUUUAAUUAGUUGGUAGCCAUUAGAUAUUUAGAACUGUUUUUUUGUUUCUUGUGUCACUUUUGGUGAUUUAGAGUCUAAGGAGAGGAGAUGGCAAAUUUGAUUUCUUACUAAAAAUCAAAGACCACACCUAAUAAACUUAUUUAUAGCAAAUAAAUUAUAAAAGUCAAUAGCUGCAAGUUUUUUUUUUUUUCAUUUUUACUAUUUAAAUACUUAUAGAGAAAAUAAUUAAUUUUAAAACGUCAUAUUGCUGCGUGGCCGGUUUGAUUAAACAACAUUUUUGUUAUUAAUUAUACAAAAAGAUCGCGAGAAGUAAACAACAAGAUGAAAAUACUGCUUCUAAAUUAGAUAUGUCUAAGUUUGUUUACACGACGUACAUUGAGUAUGAUUACGUAUAGAUCUAAAAAACAGGUAAUGAGAAUUUGGAGGCUCCACACAUAACAAAAUCAAAAUGGUCCAUAAAUUAAUACAUUAAUUAGAAAUGUCAUAGAAAAGCCAAAUGCACCAAAACCUUCCUUAGGCAUUAGUUGAUCAUUAUUAAUGAUUCAUUAAUUAACCAACUAGGCUCAUGUAGUUUUCAAAUAUAUACUAUAUUAGAUUUGAGGUUCCAAGUUCAAGAUUCGCUUUGCCUGGUCAAAGACAGGCUCUGAUAUGUACCAAAUUAAAUGCUAGUAUGGUUGAGGAUUUUACGUGGCUUUUUUGGAACAAAACGAGAUUUAAAUAUACUAUAUAGUCUCUAGAUAUUAGUGUAAGUGUAAUCAAGCCCUUUUUGUUUUAUUUAUUAGUAAAACACAUAUAAAUUGCCUACAUUGAAAAAAGCAACAAAAGGUUGUCUCAAUCUCGUGAUUAUUGAUUUUUGAUAAAGCAUCACUUUUUAAUGUGGUCCCAUGGCCAUUCAUAUUGUAACUCUUCUCUUAGUUCUCUAUCCUUUUCGUUCAAAAUCCAUUCUAGUCUCUCUUCACUUAAAAAUGUACUCACCAAAACAACUUAAAUCAUGUUGGGUCUGAUUGGUAACACAAAACUUUAGCUGUUAGCUGGAGCGGUAAACUGUUACGAAAUAGUACAAAACUGUCUAAAAGAGCUGUACAGAAAAGUUUAGAAUAAAACUUUUUGUAACGUUUUUGAUAAAGUUUUUUUGAAUGGUAACUGUCAAAGUUGUACAGUUUGUACAACUUUGAUAAUGAGUUACCAUUCAAAGCCGUUAUUUAUUCAACCUAUCCGGCUUCUUAUUAUGUUCCUAAACUUACGACAUGGUUGUAUUACUCGCUUAAAUGUGUUCUUGUGAUUGAGUUGGACAUAGGUUCAAGCUUAUUUGGAAAAGAAAAGAAAACAUCUUUGUAGAUAUUUACUAGAGUACAUUGACUGAUUCAUGUAUAUACGUGGACCAACGUCGAUUAGAUUUGAUAUUGAUCCGGUAUUUGUAUUUAUGUAUUAUCUAUAUGUAUGCAUAUAUCAUAGGAGACUUUGAUCAUUUAUCUAUGUUAUUAGGGAUAAUAAAAUUAGGAGUAAACUAAUUAUCUCUUAUAUCUAUACACCUAGUCAUUAGCGUGGCUAAUACGGCGACUUGCCUACACCUUCUGUGAAUUAUAUAAUAUUUGGUUUCAUUACGUUUAUUGUGAAUCAUUACUAAAUUAUAGAUUAAAUAGGGAAAACGCUGUUUUUGUUCUAAUUUUGGCUACUUCUGUUAAUGAAUUGAUUGUUUAGGGAGAGCUUACUAGCUGUCGUGAAAGCUACAACUAUUUUAAUGGCUAACUUUGCCACCUAUAUCCUAUGUAUUUAUUAUGUAAAAAAAAAAAUGUAUAAACCAAUGACAUAAUCGUUCGUAUAGCCGUCGACUUCUAUUGUAUAUUUGCUCAAACGUCGACCCUUUCAAAAUUUUAAUAUCGAUGUUUGUCAAACUCUUGCAGAUUUUGAUGAAUUCGACGCUAGAUUGCCUUUAACGAAAUUCAAAUGUUACAUAUACAUAGACGAUAUAUAUAUACAUGCAUUAGAUGUACAUGAUUAGUGCUCAUCUACAUUAAUAUUUCAUGUAUGUAUAUGUAAUUAAAUAUUGAAUUUCAUUAGAAACAUUUUGGUAAUCUCGUGAGUUUGCCAAAAUAUGUUUACUUUGUUUGAGUUUGACCACAAAAAAAACACUAGAAAAGUCAAUAACGUGACAAACUAAACAAGUUGCCUAUUAUUAAUUGCACUCGAUCUUAAUUGGUUUGUUCUAGGACCAUUUUUAGUAGAAGUAAAACCAGCGAAAACGAAUGUAGGAUUCAGUCGAAGGGUGUUUUAUAAAAUCAUCAAAUUAUUAGGAACAAUGAAAUAUCUGUAAAUUAACCAAGAUUAUUUGCGUUUGGUUGUAGCGUGAGAAAAGCAAAGGCUAAUAACAGUUGAGAGAAGGGUGUGUUUGUAUGGGCUGCUCUGUAUCGAAGAAGAAGAAGAAGAAUGCAAUGCGACCACCGGGAUAUGAGGAUCCCGAGCUUCUUGCAUCCGUCACGCCAUUCACGGUAGAAGAAGUGGAGGCUUUGUAUGAACUGUUCAAGAAGCUAAGCAGCUCAAUUAUCGAUGAUGGUCUUAUUCAUAAGUUUGAUGUUGCAGGAAGAAUUUCAGCUGGCUUUAUUCAGAAAUAGGAACCGGAGGAAUCUCUUCGCUGAUCGGAUAUUUGAUGUAUUUGAUGUGAAGCGAAAUGGAGUGAUCGAGUUUGGUGAAUUUGUCCGGUCCUUAGGUGUCUUCCAUCCAAGCGCGCCGGUCCAUGAAAAAGUCAAAUUUGCUUUCAAGUUGUACGAUUUACGACAAACUGGAUUCAUCGAGCGAGAAGAAUUGAAAGAGAUGGUAGUAGCGCUUCUUCACGAAUCCGAACUAGUUCUUUCCGAAGAUAUGAUUGAAGUAAUGGUGGAUAAGGCUUUCGUGCAAGCAGACCGCAAAAACGACGGAAAAAUCGAUAUAGAUGAAUGGAAAGACUUUGUAUCCUUGAAUCCAUCGCUCAUCAAGAACAUGACUUUGCCAUAUCUAAAGGACAUAAAUAGGACGUUUCCAAGUUUCGUUUCAUCUUGUGAAGAGGAAGAAAUGGAAUUGCAAAACGUAUCUUCCUAAUAUAAGCCAUGCAAGGAAAGAUAAAUAUACAUAAAACGAAUAUUUUUGUACAAUAUCUUAAAAGAGGAAGAUAGAGAUGUAAGCUAGGAUUUGGAAAUAAACCGAUCUUGAUAACGAUAUUGGACUUGCCUUGUGUACUGUAUAUAUUUAGUUAUUUACAUAGCGACUCUCCAUCUCACAUACAUAAUUACUAAUUAAAUAUUUACAAAUCUAGUCUAUUAUUGCUUCAUUGUUGUAUAUACCAAAAUAUAUGAUCCACCUUUUGCGGAUAUUCAUAUUUUUGUUACAUGAAAAUAUUCGUGUUUUUUUUAGAAUAACAAUAAAAAAUUUGUACACACAUGGUUUAUUAUUGU